CGCUUUUGAAUUUACUUCCAAGUUCCCAAGUCAACAGCAAGAGUCAGCGUUUCAUCCACACUAGUGCGGACUGCGGAGAGAUAGAAAACACAGAAAAAACAAACAAGAAACAGAAGCAGAGUACCCUCUGCGACUGAGAAAGCAGCCUAUGGCAACAGAAUCGGAAUCGGGAAGUGAAGCAAUAAUUAAAUAUGGGAUAAUCGGAGUUGGAAUGAUGGGAAGAGAACAUCUCAUCAACUUGUAUCAUCUCAGGAACCAAAGGGUCGCUGUUGUUUGCAUUGCUGAUCCACACCUCCCUUCCCAGCAACUUGCCCAAAGUUUAGCUGAUUCUUAUGGCUGGCCGAUCAAGGUAUUUUCUGGGCACAAGCAGUUGCUGGAGAGUGAGCUCUGUGAUGUGGUGGUUGUUUCGACUCCAAAUAUGACUCACUAUGAAAUUUUGAUGGAUAUUAUAGAUUACCCGAAACCCCAUCAUGUUUUAGUGGAGAAGCCUCUGUGUACCACUGUUGCGGAUUGCAGAAAGGUCAGUGCUGGAAAAAGGUUCAUUCUAAUAUCUCAUUUUUUGUUGUCUACACAAGUGAUGACUAAUUUUCCACUAUUAGUUUUGAGUAUUGAGCAUAUUAAGUACUCAAACGUGCACUCAUUAAUUGAAUGUCUUCCUAUCAUAUUUACUGAUUGUCUCUUUUCCGGCCAUUAUUUGCACGAUUUAUUUGUUAUCACGAGAGAACAUGAAUUACACCGAAAUAUUUUUCUGUUUAAUGCUGUCAAAUUGGAAUUUUGUAAUCCUUCAAGUUCAUAGUUACUCUCACAUUAUUUCAAUCAGCCAGUAUCUGCUUACUUUUUUAUAUUGUUUGUCUAUCUUCUCGGAAUAUUAUUCGAUCUGAAGGACCUCCUCCAUUAGAGGAUUUGAUGUUGCUAAUGUGCUCCAAAUCUUUUUUCUUUCAAUUCCCUAACCACAAUCAGCAUACCAUCCUUCUAUGCCUCAACUGUCUGUUUGUCAUUCGUUAUAAACCCCUUGCUUAUUUAUCUUGUGUCUUAAUCAACUCCAUUGGACAUUAACCCUCAUAUUUUCUGUCGUGCAUGCUUGAUUCAUUUUCAUGUCUUUAGCUGUUCCAACUUCCAAGUGCAUUUCUAAGAAUCCAUCGGAUCAGGUUGUAGAAGCGGCUAAGAGAAGACCAGAUAUGCUGGUUCAAGUCGGACUUGAGUAUAGAUACAUACCUCCAGUUGCUAAACUGAUAGAUAUUGUCAAGACUGGAACUCUAGGACAAGUCAAGAUGGUAGCUAUCCGAGAGCAUCGAUUCCCAUUUCUUGUGAAGGUGAAUAAUUGGAACCGUUUCAACUGUAAUUCUGGUGGUACUCUUGUGGAGAAAUGCUGCCACUUUUUUGAUCUGAUGAGGCUAUUUGUAGGUUCUAAUCCUGUUCGUGUAAUGGCAUCAGGAGCUAUUGACGUGAAUCAUAAAGAUGAAAUCUAUGAUGGAAAGGUUCCUGACAUAAUUGAUAAUGCUUAUGUAAUUGUUGAGUUCGAGAAUGGUUCCAGGGGUAUGCUCGACCUUUGCAUGUUUGCUGAAGGAAGCAAAAAUGAACAAGAAAUAUCUGUUGUGGGUGACAUUGGGAAGGGUGAGGCCUUUGUUCCUGAGAGCAUUGUCCGUUGGGGUACUCGAGUUGAUGGACGGGAUGGUGUGAAAACUUUGCAGGCUGCUGAUGACCGAAUAAAGUAUGAUGGACUGCAUCAUGGUUCUAGCUACUUGGAGCACAUGAACUUUUUGUGUGCCAUAAGAGCAAGAGCACAAGCUCCGGCUGUUGAUCUACAGGAUGGACUGAUAUCAGUAGCUAUUGGAGUCGCAGCACAACUUUCAAUUGAAAAGGGAAGAUUUGUCUCAAUUCAGGAGGUCUUAAAUCAAUAACACGUCUAUGAUUUGGAACUGGCAUAUCCAGCAACAGGAAGAAGUCAGAUUCUUUGAGCUUGGUUAUGUGAAGUUUCUUUUCUUCAUGUUUCUAUUUUUGUUAAAACACGAGACAUCAUAAUCCAUUCUUGCGACACUAUUUAUAAAGUUGGUGCAUUAAUUUUUAGCUUUUUGAAAAAGGGGCAUAAUGACGCUGCACAAGAUGAUGAAUUAAGUUUGAAGUGUUAUGACAUGAUGUUAAAAGAUCUACUGCAGCAUAUUUUGUACUGUUUACUGAGAAAAAUAGUCCACUAGAACCUACGAUGAAAGAAGGGAGUCAACAAAAUUCCACCCAUGUUCAUUUGGAGACAUACAUUAAAGGGCACGAG